AUAUGCACAGUAGCAGGCUUCAACAUUUUCAGAAAACCAGAAAAGUAUUUUCAGAACGAUGAUGAACUAUUUGGGCAAACUACUGUUCAGUCCAAAGAUGGGUAAGUCACUAUGGCAUCAUCUGUUAUCUGUUAUGUCAAAUUAAUUUGUGUUCAUGUCAUAUAGACCUACAAUACUGUAUUACAUCUAGAUUAUUUUCUCUGUAUCCAUAUUCUCUUAUGUAAUUCAACAGGGUAUUGGUUACAUCCCCAAAUUCUAGACCCCAAAAAGUAUUCAGUUGUGGUCUGGAAAAAUGCACUGAAGUCAGUAUCUUAGGUGAACUAUGCAACUCUUGCUAAUCCAAAUUUCAGAAGUAGGUUCAGUUAUUCUAGUAAAUUUCAGUGUCUGUUUUUGUUAAUCAUAUGCUGAAUCCAAGUCGACUUGUUUUGUAGCCAAUGCAGGUGAAGGACUCCGACCCAUCUUGGCAGUAACCAACAGUUUGACUUGGGAGAAGGAGCAGUACAUUGUAUGUAUUCUAAGACAGUAGAUUUAAUUUGCCAUUCACAAUAAGUGAAAAGGUCACUCAUGAAAGUGUCAUGACUUUUUAUGACAUUUGUCCUUGAUUUGUACAUGAUGACACAGUAUAUUGGCUUGGCUGUAUGACAAAUGGUUAUAGUAGUACAAGACAACUAAGAGCUGUGUUGUAUUUCAUUUGUGUGUUAAUUGUAUGGCAGUAAAUCAGAUAAGAGUAGAAGCAGAAUCGUCGUCUAGUCCAGUGUUUCCCAACUCUGGUCCUCAAGUACCCCCAACAGUGCAUAUCUUUUGUUGUGGCCCCGGACAAGCGCAACUGAUUCUACUUGUCAACUAAUCAUCAAGCCCUUGACAAGUUGAAUCAGGUGUUUUUGUCCAGUGCUACAACAAAAAUGUGUGCUGUUGGGGGUACUCAAGGACCGGAGUUGGGAAACACUGCUCUAGUCAAUGGUCUCUCAGCAAAGCCACAGCUUCUUCCUCUGUAGGCAUCAGACGCUCCUAACCUCUGCCUUUCACAUUACUUCACUCUCUCAUCAUGAAGAAUGGGCCCCACUCUUCCCUUAACACUUUUCCAAUGUAACUGAUUAGGUUCUGCUACAGUAAGAUUGUUUUAAUACAUGGACUCACAGAGUAGGACCACAUCUCUGGUCUAAAACAAUACAUAAUCGUCUAUAAGUCUAGCAUAGAAAUGCUUCCUCAAACUCUGUUGUUAAAAUAAUUUAUCAACAGAGUUUGAUUAAUUUGUCUGCUGCAGUUAUUAGUCAUGUUCUCACCAUUGAGUCUCACUGUGGCAACAUUCAGACAGACACUUGCAUGCACACAGGCAUCCACAUCAGUUUUUUGAGCACAAGGUGUAGGAAAACAAUAUACUGCCCUGGUACCAUACAGUGUCCUGUCUGAAGAUUGAGAAAAAGUCACCGAUUUGUUUCCUGUUCCACUUUAGACAUCCUAUUUUGAAUCUUUAAAGAAGGGUGUUUGUCCAGCCAAGUAAAUACAGUUCAAAUCACCAUUAUCUUGGGCCCUAUGUUCCUCCAGGAACAAAGAGGAUUAAGUCAGUAAGCAAGUUAUCUUGGACAGGUGAUCAGCCUGCAGAAGAACUAUCCCGCUAAACAUUAUGCCAUGUGGGCUGAUGACUUGCUCUGCUCUCCUCUCAUCAGGUCUGCCAACAGGUCAGGAAGCAGAAGAACAUAAAUGAGGAUCUUAAUGGAAACUGUACACUCCUGUCUGGCCUUUUGAAGCAUGAGGUUUAUUAUCCUGCCACGCUAGGUAGGAAUUCCUAUGAUAUUGAACCAAUGGAAACAGCUGUUAAAAAGUUAGAUCUCAGAUGAAGAGAGGGCAAUUUAGACUAUGGAAACAUAUCGUCAUAUAAAGAGUGUAAAGUUAGUAACGAAUUGUUGUGAUGAGUUUCUGGUAUUGAGAAGUUCAAGAUGCAAGAAUUUAUUUAGACAUUCUGUGGAGAUUGUAUACCAAAUAUUUAUUGGAUCACGAGCUCGUGGGUUCAUCUAACAAACGGACAUAGCUCUGCCCUUUGUCAGUUGAACUGCCCACACUCACAAAUCUCACAGCUUUUAUACUCUUGGUUAUCCUUCCUUUCACAUACAUCUGGCAACCAUCAUAGGCACUCCCUUUCUACAUUUACAUUUACAUUUACGUCAUUUAGCAGACGCUCUUGUCCAGAGCGACUUACAAAUUGGUGCAUUCACCUUAUAGCCAGUGGGAUAACCACUUUACAAUGUUAUUUUUUUAUUUUUUUAUAUCUUUCUCCAUUCUCACUCAAUGGUGGACUCCUUUCCCACUUCUUCGGUAUAAAAACAUGAGAAAAUCCUUUGAUAUCUUCGAUUGGUUGUUGUACACCAGUUGCAUCUAUAAGUGGUAUUUUACAAAAACGUCUUCAGCGCCUCUGAUAUUCAUCUUCAGCCGGUUCAUAGUUUGUUCGUUUUAUUUAUUUAAGUUCACACCAUGCUAGGCCAAAUUAUCCCUACUAUGCAUCAAGACAGCAUCUGUAUUUAUCUCACUAGAAGACAAAACAUAACAGUUUAAUUGAUUUCAUUUCUAAACCAAUAAAUCCAUAUAAACUCUUGAAUCUCUUGAAAUUCUUGGAGGUCUAUAGCUCUGUGCCUCCACUGAGGUAAUCAGCCAUAACCCACAGCUCAUGAGUAUCAUUCCUCUGACAUCGUCUUCCAUCACCUGAUAAUUGUCAUCAACAGUAUCCUCAUAUCUAGAUCGUCAGUUUCCUCGUAGCCAUCUGUUGCAGUGGUUGACAUGAUACCUGUUCAAUCUCCCCUCUAUCUAUACCUCCGUUGGUGUAGACUGUGUGACGAUGCAUGAACCUUCUUCCUUCACUAGUUCUAUGAUCAUACAUAGUCCUUCUCCAUUUAUCACCAUCUCUCUGUGGAGUGUGUCCUUCCAUCAGCGUACCAAUGGUCCCUGCUGCAAAAACACACAGACAAAACAAAACAAUUCCCAGCCGAAGCGGUACCAUCUUCCUCCUCUGCGUUAGAAAAGUCCUACAAUGGUACAUAUAGAUCUAGUAAUCUGUCUCUCUUACUUGCCCCUCCAUCAAGGUAGCCAUCAACACCUAUUACUAACCUUCCCACUUGGGUUUUUCCAUCUCUGACUUCAUUAAUCCUUUACCACCACAUAGUCUCCAAGUCGCAGAAAAUGUCCAAAUUCUCCUGGUAGGUCUGGCAGACAAGCCUUCACCUUUUUGAAAGAAAGUCUGCAUAACAUUGUUAGUUGAAACACAGCAUGCUACUUCAUCCUUUCUUAUUAUCAGUCCUGAUAAGCCUUUUAGAUUAGGAAGUGCACAUUCUUGCAACUUGUUGCAGUCCACUCAUGUCAUAGAAAGGCCUCCUCUAAAUACUACCUUAUACUACAAAUACAUUUUCCCCUAAAACAUUUAAUCUAACCCAUAACACAUUACUUACUACUGCUCAUAUUCUUAAUAUAAUUUGCAUAUUUAUCAAUAAUUCUCAUUCGAAUAGUACUUUCCCCCAUUGGACACGAGUCACAACUUGAUACAUGCUUUCAAAAACAAAACACCAACAUUGUUUAUUAAACCCUAAUGAAAUUAAAAUGACAACCUUUGAUAAUACCUUAACUUACUUCUAUCCCGUAAAGUAAUCCAAGAUUAGUACACUUAACUAGCAACAGGUAUCCCUCAUUCAGGAUAUCCUGCCAUCAACUAAGAUUAUAGUCACAGCUCAUCUUAAAACAACACUCCUCCAUUAUCAGAAUAUAGCAGAUGUAGGUAACUAUCCUUUCUACGUAGGCUACAAGUAACACCAAACCAAAUACUUUGUAUUAUCCGCUCAAGCAUCAGUUGAAUUACACUCAUAAAUACAGAUUUUAGUCAGUACCAUGGAACCGAUGCCUUUUGAAAAGACAAUAAGUCCCACAAAUAGUCCAACUACAAUGGUUUGUAGUCUUAACCUCUGGUACAUAAUAAUGACACAAUUACAAGAAAAUAGCCUUAAAAAAGUAUUUCAAGUGAUUCUUUGCAAAUCUCUCAUGUACUCAAAAUGAAUAAAUUAGCAGUCAACGAGUCAAAUCCACAUUCAUUGAUUUGGAAAUAGAUCUGGCGAUUUUAAUAAAACUGAUUAUGUUUCCCUUGCGACAUAAUGAAAUUCCUUUAUUACAUCGUAUUCGCUCCAUAAUGAGUUUUAUUUUGAUGGAAACCCUAAAUUGGCUUUGUACAAUAUUAUAACUUACGUCUUUAACCACUUUACUCACGGUCAGUUUAUUCCGUAAAUCUUAUCUCGAUCACAUUAUCCAACUACGGUACAAACUUAGAAAACCCCUAUUAAUUACUUUUCCACCCACGAUGUACGUCUACGUUUGGGUGAGCAAGUUAAUAUAUAAUUAUUAUUCAAAUUAUUAUUUUAUGAAAUCUCUAAUAAUCACCUACCCAUACGUAAAAUGGAUCAUAUUUUCACAUUUGUCACAAACUCCAUAUAGACCGUUAGAAACUUCUAGGUACUCACAUCAAAGAAUACUUUAGUUAGUUUAACAAUCCUCACUCAACCCAAAUCAGCCUCUCAUUCAUUCUCCCAGCGGAACCAAACAAAUACUGUAAUUUCCAAGGACACUGCCAUUCCUGUCCCAGAAAACACAGACUUUCCACUACUCUCUAAAAUAACAUCAAGCUCUAUUUACCACUCCUUGAUAUUCUAUGACCUUAUUAUGUCAUAUAUCGUAACUUCUUAUCCAAACUUAUAUCAAAUGAUUAUACCCAUUUUUAGAACUUAUUUUGCACCCUUCAGAUUCAAAUUACCUUCUGCUCUUUGCUCAUAAGAUAGCCAAUUUUGUCCCAUUCAAUUACUUAAUUUUACAUUACUUUUACAAAAUACUUAUUCUAACCAUGGAUUUGUUGUAAUAAUUUCGUCACUUCCUGUCUAUCUCUUCAAGUUAAAUGAAGCUCCGAUUUACUCUUAAUGGUGACUUAAAAAAAAAAAUAUAUAUAUAUAUAUAUAUAUAUAUACCGGUCUACUAAGCUGGCCAUUCAUUACUGUUAUUAGUACAUGCAAUUAUUAAUAAUUAAAUACUUAUAUUAAAAUCUCCAUCCUGAUAUGUAUUAAAAUGUAGUUUUUUGGUGCUAUGAUUCAAUAUGUUACAUUUCGUCGGCCCCCUCUCCUGGCCGUUUUGAGUAUUUCACCAUCUAUUUCAUUUUAUGAUGUCCUCCCACAUCAAAUCAAAUCUGAUCAAAUUUUAUUGGUCACAUGCGCCGAAUACAACAGGUGCAGACAUUACAGUGAAAUGCUUACUUACAGCCCUUAACCAACAGUGCAUUUAUUUUUAACAAAAAAAUAAAAAUAAAACAACUACAAAAAAAGUGUUGAGAAAAAAAAGAGCAGAAGUAAAAUAAAGUGACAGUAGGGAGGCUAUAUAUACAGGGGGGUACCGUUGCAGAGUCAAUGUGCGGGGGCACCGGCUAGUUGAGGUAGUUGAGGUAAUAUGUACAUGUGGGUAGAGUUAAAGUGACCAUGCAUAAAUAAUUAACAGAGUAGCAGCAGCGUAAAAAGGAUGGGGUGGGGGGGCAGUGCAAAUAGUCCGGGUAGCCAUGAUUAGCUGUUCAGGAGUCUUAUGGCUUGGGGGUAGAAGCUGUUGAGAAGUCUUUUGGACCUAGACUUGGCACUCCGGUACCGCUUGCCGAGCGGUAGCAGAGAGAACAGUCUAUGACUAGGGUGGCUGGAGUCUUUGACAAUUUUGAGGGCCUUCCUCUGACACCGCCUGGUAUAGAGGUCCUGGAUGGCAGGAAGCUUGGCCCCAGUGAUGUACUGGGCCGUACGCACUACCCUCUGUAGUGCCUUGCGGUCGGAGGCCAAGCAGUUGCCAUACCAGGCGGUGAUGCAACCAGUCAGGAUGCUCUCGAUGGUGCAGCUGUAGCAUUUUUUGACGAUCUGAGGACCCAUGCCAAAUCUUUUCAGUCUCCUGAGGGGGAAUAGGCUUUGUCGUGCCCUCUUCACGACUGUCUAUGUGUGUUUGGACCAUGAUAGUUCGUUGGUGAUGUGGACACCAAGGAACUUGAAGCUCUCAACCUGUUCCACUACAGCCCCGUCGAUGAGAAUGGGGGCGUGCUCAGUCCUCUUUUUUUUCCUUUAGUCCACAAUCAUCUCCUUUGUAUUGGUCACAUUGAGGGAGAGGUUGUUGUCCUGGCACCACACGGCCAGGUCUCUGACCUCCUCCCUAUAGGCUGUCUCAUCGUUGUCGGUGAUCAGGCCUACCACUGUUGUGUCGUCGGCAAACUUAAUGAUGGUGUUGGAGUCAUGCCUGGCCAUGCAGUCAUGGGUGAACAGAGAGUACAGGAGGGGACUGAGCACGCACCCCUGAGGGGCCCCCGUGUUGAGGAUCAGUGUGGCAGAUGUGUUGUUACCUACCCUUACCACCUGGGGGCGGCCCGUCAGGAAGUCCAGGAUCCAGUUGCAGAGGGAGGUGUUUAGUCCCAGGAUCCUUAGCUUAGUGAUGAGCUUAGAGGGCACUAUGGUGUUGAAUGCUGAGCUGUAGUCAAUGAAUAGCAUUCUCACGUAGGUGUUCCUCUUGUCCAGGUGGGAAAGGGCAGUGUGGAGUGCAAUAGAGAUUGCAUCAUCUGUGGAUCUGUUGGGGCGGUAUGCAAAUUGGAGUGGGUCUAGGGUUUCUGGGAUAAUGCUGUUGAUGUGAGCCAUGACCAGCCUUUCAAAGCACUUCAUGGCUACAGACGUCAGUGCUACGGGUCGGUAGUCAUUUAGGCAGGUUAUCUUAGAGUCCUUGGGCACAGGGACUAUGGUGGUCUGCUUGAAACAUGUUGGUAUUACAGACUCAGUCAGGGACAUGUUGAAAAUGUCAGUGAAGACACUUGCCAGUUGGUCAGCACAUGCUCGGAGUACACGUCCUGGUAAUCCGUCUGGCCCUGCGGCCUUGUGAAUGUUGACCUGCUUAAAAGUCUUACUCACAUCGGCUACGGAGAGCGUGAUCACAUAGUCAUCCGGAACAGCUGGUGCUCUCAUGCAUGCUUCAGUGUUGCUUGCCUCGAAGCGAGCAUAGAAGUGGUUUAGCUCAUCUGGUAGGCUUGUGUCACUGGGCAGCUCGCGGCUGUGCUUCCCUUUGUAGUCUGUAAUAGUUUUCAAGCCCUGCCACAUCCGACGAGCGUCAGAGCCAGUGUAGUACAAUUCAAUCUUAGUCCUGUAUUGACUCUUUGCCUGUUUGAUGGUUCGUCGGAGGUCAUAGCGGGAUUUCUUAUAAGCGUCCGGGUUAGAGUCACGUUCCUUGAAAGCGGCAGCUCUACCCUUUAGCUCAGUGCGGAUGUUUCCUGUAAUCCAUGGCUUCUGGUUGGGGUAUGUACGUACGGUCACUGUGGUGACGACAUCAUCGAUGCACUUAUUGAUGAAGCCAGUGACUGAUGUGGUGUACUCCUCAAUGCUGUCUGAAGAAUCCCGGAACAUGUUCCAGUCUGUGCUAGCAAAACAGUCCUGUAGCUUAGCAUCUGCGUCAUCUGACCACUUUUUUAUUAACCGAGUCACUGGUGCUUCCUGCUUUAGUUUUUGCUUAUAAGCAGGAAUCAGGAGGAUAGAGUUAUGGUCAGAUUUGCCAAAUGGAGGGCGAGGGAGAGCUUUGUAUGCGUCUCUGUGUGUGGAGUAAAGGUGGUCUAGAGUUUUUUUUUCCUCUGGUUGCACAUUUAACAUGCUGGUAGAAAUUAGGUAGAACGGAUUUAAGUUUCCCUGCAUUAAAGUCCCCGGCCACUAGGAGCGCUGCAUCUGGAUGAGCGUUUUCCUGUUGAUUUAUGGCCUUGUACAACUCAUUCAGUGCAAUCUUAAUGCCAGCAUUGGUUUGUGGUGGUAAAUAGACAGCUAUGAAAAAUAUAGAUGAAAACUCUCUUGGUAAAUAGUGUGGUCUACAGCUUAUAAUAAGAUACUCUACCUCAGGCGAGCAAAACCUUGAGACUUCCUUAGUAUUUGAUUUUGUGCACCAGCUGUUGUUUACAAAUAUACACAGACCGCCACCCCUUGUCUUACCGGAGUCAGCCGUUCUAUCCUGCCGAUGUAGCGUAUAGCCCGCUAGCUGUAUGAAAUCCAUGUCGUCGUUCAGCCACGACUCGGUGAAACAUAAGAUAUUACAGUUUUUAAUGUCCCGUUGGUAGGAUAACUGUAAUCUUAAGUCAUCCAAUUUAUUUUCAAAUGACUGAACGUUGGCUAAUAGGAUUGAUGGAAGAGGCAGUUUACUCGCUCGCCGUCGGAUCCUUACAAGGUACCCCGAUCUACGUCCACGAUAUCUCCGUCUCUUCCUCACGCGAAUGACGGGGAUUUGGGCCUUGUCGGGUGUCUGUAUGAUAUCCUUCGCGGCCGCCUCGUUGAAGAAAAAAUAUUCGUCCAAUACGUCCGUAACCUAUUUCUCUCUUUACCGAUUUACUCCUAUGAUGAUACAACACAUCAGAGCUUCAUCUAUUUUACUCCUAUGAUGAUACAACACAUCAGAGCAUUAUAACUCCCAUGAUGGUCCAACACAUCAGAGCUUCACAACAACACAUCAUAAAUCCAUAACCUAUUUCUCUUUCUUUACAAUGAAUUAUCAUUAAAGGUGUACUACGCCUAAUCUCUCUUUAUAAUGAAUAACAUCAUUAAAGGUGCACUGCGCCUAAUCUCUCUCUACUCUGUUGCUUUUACUCCUUACUUCGAACACACCCUAUUUUGAAUCAUAGCACCAUGUCAUUGUCUAAUUUGAUAUUCCUCCUUACAUCCCUUUACAUAAUUCAAGACCACUCAUCGUCCCCCUUUAAAAAUAUUGCAUUUUAAAGGUCCGUUACAGCUAAGCCUUACCACAGAUAAGCAGAAUUUGACAUAAUCCAAAAAAUGAAAGUCUGCUUACCUGUUAGUCUGGCUGUGAACUGCAUCCUGUUCGUUUAGACGCCAAUCUGUUAUGAUGAGUUUCUGGUAUUGAGAAGUUCAAGAUGCAAGAAUUUACUUAGACAUUCUGUGGAGAUUUUAUACCAAGUAUUUAUUGGAUCACGAGCUCGUGGGUUCAUCUAACAAAUGGACAUAGCUCUGCCCUUUGUCCAUUGAGUUGAACUGCCCACACACACAAAUCUCACAGCUUUUAUACUCUUGGUUAUCCUUCCUUUCACAUACAUCUGGCAACCAUCAUAGGCACUCCCUUUCUCUGUUGUUAUUACCCUUUGCCCCAAGUCAUUAUAUCCUGUCCAUCAAUCAUACUACCCUAAAUAUCAGUAAUCUCCUUUGACAUAAGGAAUGUAGACUCCAUGGCCCCAAACCAAUUAUCUCGUAACUCUACCUCGGUCCUCACGAUUCUAUGCCCUGACAUCAUAACAUGAAUGUCUACCUUUUUUUAAUUUAAGUUGUAGAUCAAAUGGAAAGAAACAUCACCAUCAAUGGCAACAAUCACAACAACAACAACAACAACAACAAUUACAACCAAAACAACAACAACAACAGUGAUGAGGAUGAUGAGAAGGAUGGUGGGGCUACAUUUAUGACAAAUACAGGGAAGUUACUGUAUGUGCGUGGUGUUAUUUUUUUUUAUGUACAAUUUUGCUGUUUUGUUUCUAGAUCCUGGGACUGAGAUUGCAAUUGUACUUGACGGAUCUGGUAGUAUUGAAAAGGCUGACUUUGAAUGGGCAAAAAAAUGCAUCUCAACUGUGAUGAAAAAUGUUUGGGAAAAAUGUUUCAAUGCAAGUAUUGAUCAACAUUAAUGUACACGUCAACAAAAUAUUUGGCCAUACAACUGUGCUUUCUCUAGUAUUGGCUUAAAAAAAUAAAAUAUGAUCAUAUUUUAUUGUGAUAACAAAAUAAAUAUGUUUUUUAUUUUUAUAGUGUGAUUUUGCUAUUGUUCAGUAUGGAUCGAAAAUCAGAACUGAACUGUCACUGAAUGAGAAAGACUGGCCAACAGCUUUAGAAAUGGUCAAUAACAUUAAACAGAUCGAAAACGUAUGUAAGUACCAUACUAUAGGCCCAUAUUUUUACAUCAUUUAGAUAGAAAAUAUCAUUACAUUGUUGAGAUUUGUUUAAAUUUGUAUUUUCAGUGAAAACGUUUUUGUUCCUGAGAAUGGGUCCAAAGAGGACUCCAAGAAAAUCAUGAUAGUGGUGUCAGAUGGAGCAAUAUCCCAUUGGGAUAAGACACAUUUGUCAAAAGCAAUGAACUUGCUUGAAACAAAAAAUAUCACCAGAUUUGCUAUUGGGGUGAGUGUUGUCUUUUGUGAACAUUUUAUUCAUCUUCCUGACUAAAGUAACAGGUUUAAUUGAUUCAAUUAAAAAGUUAACUUAUAUUCUGGUAUAUCAAGACAUAGAUUUUCUCUGUACAUUUAUGAAUCACAGGUUGGUAAUGAAACCAAAAUAGACGAAAUGAAGAUGAUUAGCGCCAGUGAGAGUAACCUGUUCUUGGUUGGUGACUAUAAAGCCUUGGAGGGCAUCCUCUCCCAGCUAGAGACCAGUAUCAUCAAAGGAAUCGAAGGUAACACUUAAAGGCUGUAAUCGUCAGUGUAACCUUUACAUUGUGUCCCAUUAUCGUCAUAUACUGUAUGUGUGCAAUUUAAUGUAGGAGGUCGAGGGUAGCGUAACACUGACAGGUUGUAAGGUGCAUUUUACAUCCUACCCCAUUAGAAAUCUUAUUUCUGAAUCACUUUAUAACAAUAUGUUUGUGUCACUCUGAUUUAUAAACCAGGAAUCAAGCAGGGGGAUGGCUUUCAAUUUCAACUCGCCGAGGCUGGAUUCAGCAAUCACAUUGCACUUGAUGUAAGUUGUUUGUUUUUCAACUUUGUUUUUUACACACUGGUUUUCUAGUUGGUCUGCAGUCUGGGGUGCCAUGAUCCAACUUGUAAUCUUCCUAUUAGCUGGAGACCGUGACCAUAUCUGAGGUGCAGUUUGAGGAUCAUAAUAGUAUCUCUAUCCACUUGCCUCAGAUUUGUCUCUAUUCUUUUAUUGGCUUCUGGCUAGUAACAUCCAUUCCCUCCUCUUCCUGGGGGUCCCUACUGUUUGGUGCUGUGGGGGCCAAUGACUGGAGUGGAGGAGUGAUCUUAAAACACCCCAAGGAGAAUAAGGUUACCUUCUUAAAAUGGGUCAUCCUCAGAGCCAAGGUUCUCCUACUUAGGUAAACUAUGGGACAUGUAAUCUCGGUUAUCCAGAAGUUAAAUUCUCGCAGUGUUUAAUCUGUUUCAAGAGAGAUUAUGGGACAUGCAGUUUCACACACAGACAACGUUUUCGAUGGUUUUUGUUUUGUAUUGCUCAUCCUCAUCACGACGCCAUAACUGAAGGUCAGAGCUGCCAACUCUCACGCAUUGGCCAUGAGACACACGCAUUUGCCCCUCUUCUCAUGGCACACCUCUUAUAUCUCACGCAUAGAAAAGUACUGCUUUUAUUUUUCUAAUUAGUCAAUUAUAUAGUCAGCGUGUUAAGUUUUUAACUGUGCUCCAAAUCGUUUAGAAAUCGGAGCAUCUGCGCCUGUAAUUUAACAUCACGAGCAGAACCUCUAUCAUUGUCCUGUCUUGCCACAGCACUGUGAACCGCCGCACAUUGAAGCAUAUGAUUGGUCUAGUUAUGUAAGGGAUCAGGGGGAUUGGAUGAAUGUUUUAAAGAAAGGUUAGAGUGGAGCUGAAUGGAGAGAGAGGACAUUCUCCGCUGAGUUUAUAAAACUGUAAAAUGUGCAGCACGGUAGCGCUGUUUUAUGUAUAAUGUUGUCAACAAAAUUAGGUUGCUGUUACUCCCGUCCCUAUUGCAGACUUAAUCCCCACUUGCAUUAGUCCCCUUGUUUGGUGAUUGGCCUUUAGGCUGUGACAAUGAAAAGGCAGCAGACCAACCUACAGUAUGUUUUAGCAGGGAAGUUUGGUAGGGUGACAUGAUUUGCAACUAUGAAAAUCACUUUGACAAACAGAUUUUGAACCCAAAAGUGUAAGUUUGAUUCUACACUAAAAAGAAAAGGUUCCUGGAGUAUCCUUUAGGGGUUCUUCAAAUUGGAACUGUGGGGGAUCCCCUAUAAAUUCUUAAAAGAACCCUUUAAAAUGUUUGAACUACCCCCCCCUCCCCUAUUAUUAUGUACACUCUAAAAAUGUAUGUACAUCCCUAAUUAUUUUGUGUACAUAAUAAUUUGGUUAGAGUAUUGGGGCAGAUUUAUGUAAUCUUGUCUUCAAUAGAUUUUAUUAUCUAUUUACUUUAUUUCGUCUGAUCAGUGGAACAAUACUCAUUCUUAACAAUGGGCUAAAAUAUAGGGUAAUUACUGUGCUUGUCAGCAAGAACACUACUGAUAUUCCCCACACUUAUUUUAUUAUUCCACUUCUUCCCAAUUUUGCCAGUGUAAUCACAUAUUUGAAAUCUGAUAUGCCUACUUGUGUCUUUUGAAAUUGUGUUAUAUGAGGCUAUGUAUUUUUGCAGCCAUUCAUGGACAGUUUUGAAUAAGCAUUGGAUAUUGAAUGCUCCAGGAAUCAAAUAUAAUUUAUGACAUUUUAGUAUUGUGCACAUGCUAGGCAGAAAUGGUAGGGGGACUCUCAACUCAUAAUAGCAUACUUUUUUGUCUACGUAAGAUGAUGGCAAGGAUGUUCAACUAGUAGGCAUAAACUACUUGAAUAUUGAUAUUCAUUAGAUUUUUCUGGAAGGUUGCGUGAUUUUGCGAAAUUAGCCCAAUUUUAAAGAAAGAGUUCACCCAAAUGACAAAAUACAAAAUGUUUGUGUCCUUACCUUGAAAGCAGUCUAUGGACAAGGAGACUGCAAUCUAUGAUUUAGUUACCCACUGCCAUCAACCAUUAAUAUUAAAAUGUCCUGUGCAGAGCCUUGGUGUAGUGGUAACACUCCCCAGCACCUUAAAUGACAUUUUGGGAAAAAAGGCAAACUCAGCUCCAUCAUUCAUUGAAUCAGAUGGCCCAUUCAUCACAUUUACAUUACAUUUAUGUAAUUUAGCAGACGCUCUUAUCCAGAGCGACUUACAAAUUGGUGCAUUCACCUUAUAGCCAGUGGGAUAACCACUUUACAAUAUUUUUUACUUUUAUUUAUUUUCUUUGGGGUGGGGUAAGGGGGGGUAGAAGGAUUACUUUAUCCUAUCCCAGGUAUUCCUUAAAGAGGUGGGGUUUCAAAUGUCUCCGGAAGGUGGUGAGUGACUCCGCUGUCCUGGCGUCGUGAGGGAGCUUGUUCCACCAUUGGGGUGCCAGAGCAGCGAACAGUUUUGACUGGACUGAGCGGGAACUGUGCUUCCGCAGAGGUAGGGGGGCCAGCAGGCCAGAGGUGGAUGAACGCAAUGCCCUCGUUUGGGUGUAGGGAAUGAUCAGAGCCUGAAGGUACGGAGGUGCCGUUCCCCUCACAGCUCCGUAGGCAAGCACCAUGGUCUUGUAGCAGAUGUGAGCUUCAACUGGAAGCCAGUGGAGUGUGCGGAGGAGCGGGGUGACGUGAGAGAACUUGGGAACUUAAUAAUUUUUUCAUUGGCAAACUUAGGCAUGACAUGCCAGCAACAAUUACUGACACUACACAUCCAAGUAUAUCUGACCAAAUUAUGAAAGACAAGCAUUGUAAUUUUGAAUUCCGUAAAGUGAGAGUGGAAGAGGUGAAAUAAUUAUUGUUGUCUAUUAACAAUGACAAGCCAACGGGUCUGACAACUUGGAUGGAAAAGUACUGAGGAUAAUAGCGGUUGAUAUUGCCACUCCUAUUUGCCAUAUUUUCAAUUUAAGCCUACUAGAAUGUCUGUGCCCCAAGGCUUGGAGAGAAGCAAAAGUCAUUCCGCUACCUAAGAAUAGUAAAGCCACCUUUACUGGCUGAAAUAGAUGACCAAUUAGCCUGUUACCAACCCUCAGUAAACUAUUGGAAAAAAUGGUGUUUGACCAGAUACAAUGCUAUUUUACAGUAAACAAAUUGACAACAAACUUUCAGCAUGCUUAUAGGGAAGGACAUUCAACAAGCACAGCACUUACACAAAUUACUGAUGAUUGGCUGAGAGAAAUUGAUAAAAAGAUUGUGGGGGCUGUUUUGUUAGACUUCAGUGUGGCUUUUGACAUUAUCGAUCAUAGUCUGCUGCUGGAAAAACGUAUGUGUUAUGGCUUUACACCCCUUGCUAUAAUGUGGAUAAAGAGUUACUUGUCUAACAGAACACAGAGGGUGUUCUUUAAUGGAAGCCUCUCAAACUUAAUCCAGGUAGAAUCAGGAAUUCCCCAGGGCAGCUGUUUAGGCCCCUUACUUUUUUCCAUCUUUACUAACGAUAUGCCACUGGCUUUGAGUAAAGCCAGUAUGUCUAUGUAUGUGGAUGACUCAACACUAUACACGUCAGCUGCUGCAGCAACUGAAAUAACUGCAACACUUAACAAAGAGUUGCAGUUAGUUUCGGAAUGGGUGGCAAGGAAUAAGUUAGUCCUAAAUAUUUCCAAAACUAAAAGCAUUGUAUUUGGGUCAAAUCAUUCAAUAAACCCUAAACCUCAACUACAUCUCAUAAUGAAUAAUGUGGAAAUUGAGCAAGUUGAGGUGACUAAACUGCUUGGAGUAACCCUGGAUUGUAAACUGUCUUGGUCAAAACAUAUUGAUACAACAGUAGCUAAAAUGGGGAGAAGUAUGUCCAUAAUUAUGCACUGCUCUGCCUUCUUAACAACACUAUCAACAAGGCAGGUCCUACAGGCCCUAGUUUUGUUGCACAUAGACUACUGUUCAGUAGUGUGGUCAGCUGCCACAAGGAGGGACUUGGGAAAAUUGCAGUUGGCUCAGAACAUGGCAGCACGGCUGGCCCUUAAAAGUACACGGAGAGCUAACAUUAAUGACAUGCAUGUUAGUCUCUCCUGGCUUAGAGUGGAAGAGAGAUUGACUUCAUCACUGCUUGUUUUUUUAAGAGGUGUUGACAAGCUCGCCGCCGGCCGCGACCAGGAGACUCAUGGGCGGCGCACAAUUGGCCCAGCGUCGUCCAGGGUAGGGGAGGGAAUGGCCGGCAGGGAUGUAGCUCAGUUGAUAGAGCAUGGCGUUUGCAACGCCAGGGUUGUGGGUUCGAUUCCCACGGGGGGCCAGUAUAAAAAAAAUAUGUAUUCACUAACUGUAAGUCGCUCUGGAUAAGAGCGUCUGCUAAAUGACUAAAAUGUAAAUGUAAGCUGAAUGUACCGAGCUGUCUGUUUGGAAUGCUUGGACACCCAUGCAUACCCCACGAAACAUGCCACCAGAGGUCUCUUCACAGUCCCCAAGUCCAGAUCAGACUACGGGAAACGCACAGUACUACAUAGAGCCAUGACUACAUGGAACUCUAUUCCACAUCAUGUAACUCAGUCAAGCAGUAAAAUCAGAUUUAAAAAACAGAUAAAACUCCACUUUAUGGAACAGCGCGGACUGUGAAGAGACACACAGGCACACACACAGCAUUCACAAACACAUGCUAACACACGCACUCUACACACACACAUCUUAAUAUUGUUAUUUUGCUGUAUUAUUGAUUUUGUAUUGUAAAUAUGUUAUGGUAGAGUAGUGUGUAAUAAUAUGUUGUGUUAUGUAUUAUUCUAUUUUAUGUCAAUUGUGAUUGGACCCCAGGAAAAGUAGCUGCUGCCUUGGCAGCCGCUAAUGGGGAUCCGUAAUAAAUACAAAUACAAUACAAUACCUGUCGCAUACAACUUUCCACCUGAGAACAGGAAUCAGUCCCUGCUUCCAACCUUUCCACUGUUUCUAGCACUUGCCUAUCUCCCUAUCUAAUUUCAUUACUGUCUGAAUAUAGUGUCAAACCACCUAAAAUAUAUUAGAAUAUUUUAAAUGUAAUCCCCCCAAGAUUUCAAUGUAACAAAGUCGUCGAAUUUUGAGUGUUCAUUUAAUGUUCAAAGCAUCCUGAAUACACCUGACCUGUGGUUUAUAUAUUUUAAUUUUCUACCAUGGUCAUAGGCCUAAGCCAUGUCAAAAUUCAUAGAAUUGCAGGAAAUUAUCUUUAAAACCGUCGGGGGGGGAGGUUCAAGUCUUCAAUGCAACUUCACACAAAUUGCAGGAAAUACUACCGGGUGACCAGGUAGGUCUAUGUGUAUAACCAAUAUAUUGUGAUAUCCAUCUAAGAAAUAAACUUGGACAGGUACUGUAUCCAUCUUUGGUUCCACUGUUAGAGUACAGAACCUGAUGCUUACUGCCAUCUUGUGGAGGUUACAAAUAAUAUCCCAAAUCUCCACUCUGCAGGGGCUCUUAUUUUGGAUCUGUGCUGUGUGCUCUGGACUUUAACGGGGACACUAAAACAGACUAUCUGCUUGUAGGAGUACCGUACUUCCACCAGAGAGGAGAGGAGGGCAGAGUGAUCAUCUUCAAGCUAAACCAGAUCAGUAGAGAUGCACUCAUAAAAUUGCAUUUCAGUACUCAUAACUGUACUUUUCUGAUGGUUGUGAGGGUUCUGUCCCAGGGUAAGUUUGAUAAGGAGUCAUGGGAGUGGCAGGGGCUGGACAGCUACGUAUUUGCCAGAUUUGGUUCGGCCAUCUCUUCUUUUGGGGACCUGGAUGGGAACGGAUACAACGACGUGGCAGUUGGAGCUCCUCUGGAGGAAGAUGAGAUAUGUGGCUGUUCUGGAAGCAUCUAUAUCUAUAACGGAAUCCAAGAAGGACUUGCUGACAUAGAGCCUCUUGCAAUUAUCCUAAUGCCUGCAGUGAAAGGACUUUAUACAGAACCCAAAUAUAACAUCACACAUAGUGUUUUCAUGAAUUAACAUGCGGUUAUUGAUUAUGACAAGUGUUCAUGACUUGUUCUUACUUCUAGAGAAUUAAAGCUGCAGAAUUUGAGAUGAAACUCCGCCCCUUUGGCCAGUCUGUGAGUGCCUUCUCUGACAAAAAAGGUGCUGACAGGAAGAGACAGCUUUACAUCAGUGUCGGGAGCCAAGGCACUGUCACUGUCCUGAAG